AAAUUUUCCAAAUAGGGGUUUGCAAUUUGCAGUAAAACCCUACUUACAGCUUCCAUCUGGGAGGGAGAAUAUAAAAAAAAUUCGUCUUCUCUCCUGAGUGCGCACCAUUUAUAGAUAGUUGUUGAAACACUCAAGGAAACAAUGGCCGAAGAGAACCAUGUGGCAGAAUCGUUAAAUCGACCCUUUAGAAAGAGAAGAUUAGGGCACAAGAAAGGCAACAAGGCAAAGAAGAAGCAAAAACAACAGUUUCAGGGUUUUAAAGAGAGAAUCAAAAUAGACCCUAAAAUGAAGAAAUUUCUUCGAAGGAAGGCACGUGAUUACAAUUCUGAUUCUGAUGAAGAUGAAGCUGAAGAUGAAGAAGAGGAAGAGGAAGAGGAGAAUAACCAUGGUAUUGAAGGUGAAAAGGCAGGUCCUUUGACAGAUGAUGAAGAUGAGAAUUUGGGUGUUGAUGAAGCGUCUGAAAAUGAAGAAGAUGAAGAAGAAGAUGGUGGAAUUCAGCCUGGAAUUACAAAAUUCAGUGAGGGUUGUAGAGCAUUUAGGAUUGCUUUUAGGAGUAUUAUGAAGAAAAGUGUAUCUGAUGAUUCACUGGGACCUGUUUUAUCAGGGCACAAGAAGCUUGUAGCAGAAAAGCUUGCUGAGGAGGAAGCAGAAAGGAAGGUCAAGGGAGAGGCCAGGAAGGAGAAACUGCUGGUGGGGGAGAAGGGGCAUGUAAAGCCUGUUAAUUAUUUAGACUCGCACGAAAAGUUUCUUAUAGGUGUUGCUACAAAAGGAGUGGUCAAGUUAUUUAAUGCUGUUAAUAAGGCACAACAUGCACAAAAGGGAUUGGAUCCUUCAAGAACAAAAGAUGCAAAAGUGCUAAAGAAGCGAAGGAAAGCGGCCUUCUUUUCUGAGUUAGGCAAGACACCAGUGUCCGAAACUACUGUUAAGGUUGAUGGUGAAGGGCCAUCAUGGGCUCCAUUGCGCGACAACUACAUGUUAACAAAUUCCAAGUUGAAGGACUGGGAUAAGUUGCAGGACGCUGUUGUAGCGGAUGAUAUUGGAAAGAUGUCUGAAGAUAGUGGUUCUGAUGUUGAUUGAUAUUAUUGAACACUGGAAUCAUGAUACUAUUGUUGGGAAAACUCACUUCGACUCAGGAGAAUCAAUAUGAUGAUAUAACUAGUGCACAGGAAAGGCCUUUCUUUUUUCCGUUUCUUUCCUAUGUUGUGAGUGGAUGGAUUAUCUGAAUGCUUUAAGCUAAAUGGUAUUUUUAUUUUAUUUUAUUUUUUCAUUUGUUUUCA